UAUUUCUGAUUCUGAUGUUCUAAAGGACAACCUGUGUGUGUGUUUGUGUGUGUGUGUGGUAUCCUUUGGGUCAAUGUUUAGGACACACCCCCAAAGGUUUUCUUCGAACCUCGCUCAGUCAGUCAAGGGAUUUUAUUGUCGGAGUCCACUGCAAGCUCACGGACUGAGAGACCAUGAUUCAAGAAACAGCCAGAGGGGCCCCUGGUGGAGACCCCAAGCCAGAUAACGGGAUUCCUGGGGAAAGGGUUCAGCAGAGGGGGAAAUGGGCCAGCAAAUCUGAGUUCUUAUUCUCCAUGGCUGGAGAAAUCAUUGGCCUGGGAAAUGUAUGGCGUUUUCCAUAUCUGUGCUACAAGAAUGGAGGAGGUGUCUUUUUCAUCCCUUACUUUGUGUUCCUCUUCUUCUGUGGUAUCCCUGUGUUCUUCCUGGAGACGGCGUUGGGCCAGUAUACCAGUGAAGGCGGGGUGACCGCCUGGAGGAAGAUAUGCCCCAUGUUUGAGGGGUUGGGGAUAGCAUCCCAAGUGAUUGUGGUCUAUCUGAAUAUCUACUACAUCGUGGUGUUGGCCUGGGCUAUCUUUUACCUGUGUAACUCGUUCCAAAGCCCACUGCCUUGGUCCACAUGUGACAACUGGUGGAACACUGAGUCAUGUCACAGUACCCUAUCCAUAUUUGCCAACCCCCAUUUGUUUAAACUUGACUCCAACUGGUCAUUCCUAAACAACUACACCACAUCUGACUACUCUGAGAACCUCACUUUUCUGAAUGACACAGACCCUUUGCUGAUGACCAAGUUACCUGAAGAGGAGUUCUGGAAGCACCGUGUGUUAAGAAUAUCAGAUGACAUGAACCUGUCUAAGAUACACUGGGAUUUGGCUCUGUGUCUCUUGCUUGCCUGGGUUAUAUGUUACCUCUGUAUCUGGAAGGGAAUCAAAGUCACAGGAAAGGUGGUGUACUUCACUGCCUCAUUUCCCUACCUGAUGCUCAUCAUUCUCUUCAUCCGUGGAGUGACGCUCCCAGGAGCGGGGGAAGGACUGAGAUAUUACCUCACCCCUAACUUCAGCAAGAUCGCUGAACCACUGGUAUGGUCUGAUGCAGGGACUCAGGUGUUUUUCUCCUACGCUGUGUGUCAGGGAGUACUGACUGCUCUGGGAAGCUACAACAAAUACAACAACAACUGCUACAGGGAUUGCUUGGCACUGUGUUGUCUGAACAGUGCCACCAGUAUCUUUGCUGGUUUUGUGGUGUUCUCAGUGCUGGGAUUCAUGGCUCAUGAACUUGACUUGCCUUUGAGUGAAGUUGCCAGUGCUGGUCCUGGUCUGGCCUUCAUGACCUAUCCAAAGGCUCUGUCGUUGCUGCCUGGCUCGUCCUUCUGGACUGUGCUAUUCUUCCUCAUGAUCCUCUUCUUGGGUCUGGACAGUCAGUUUGUGUGUGUGGAGAGCCUGGCCACAGCCCUCACAGACAUGUUUCCACAUUACCUGAGGAGACCGCACGCCAGAGAGAAACUGACCCUAGUCAUCGCUGUCGUCUGUUUUCUACUGGGGCUGCCCCUCAUCAGUGAGGGAGGGAUAGUGCUCUUUAACCUGAUAGACACCUACGGUCCUAGUGGAAUCAGUCUCCUGAUCAUUGCCUGUACAGAGACCAUUGUGGUUGGCUGGGUCUACGGUGCGGACCGUUUCUAUGACAACAUUGAAGACAUGCUUGGGUACAGACCGUUCCCCAUGCUGAAAUACUGCUGGAUGUUCAUCACGCCGCUCAUCUGUGUAAUCACACUGUUAUAUAACCUGUCACAAGAACAUUUCUUCAUGGUGUAUGAUUAUGUACCUGGUCCCUGGGUUUCCACAAUAGGCAGUCUUCUUAUCAUAACUCCACUGAUAUGCAUCCCAGCAUUCAUUUUGGUCUCACUAUAUAAGGAUCUUAACAACAUGACUACAUCAUCCAGUGAUCUGCGUCAGGUUCGACCACACAAGCCAAUCCUCACACUGUGUAAACGCGUCAUCUUUGGGCCACAGAGGCAGCCAAAAACGAGUGUGGACAAAAGAGAUGAGAAGAUGAUGAUGGAGGUUUGAUGGUCAUUGAAGCAAAUUAUGGUGCAUAAAUGGUCUCAUUGAAUUGUAACAUGACAACAAAAACACACUUUUUAAAUCAGAUGCAAAGUUUUAUAAAAGUUAGGGUCAUGUUUUUUUGUUGUUGUUACAUAAGACUUUACUCUGUUUACUUCUUUUAUAAUGAAUAAUGAUGUGAGCGUCACAUAUGAUGUGAGCGUCAUAUUAUGUGCCUGUACACCUAUAAUCCUACAUUUGCCUUUAAAAGUACUCCACAGAUUUAGCACUGGUGAUGGGCAGUUAAAAAAAAAUAUCACAAUCAUUUUGUAAUUUUGUAGGAGAUUGAGGAGGAGUAGGGGAGAGAAAGAGAAAGCGAGCUUUAACCAAGCCUUUAUUGUCCAGGUUUUCAUUUGCAAUAAAGAAAAACACAAGGAUGGAAAAUUUUAAAAAUACACACCACCACACCAUCCAAUGCAUACCCCCUCUGUGUUUAAAAACACAGAACAUAUGGGAAUACAUUUACAUGUAUAUAUUUAC